AUGAACCAUUUCUUGGACGAGUUUUCCUUCUUGUCUAAGGCGUUGUCGGAUGAGUCGAAUCAAGGCUUCAAUUGCGCACUGCUGGAAUAUGCUGCCAAUGCUGCCCCUUCUCACCGAUUAAAUUCAGCUCGAGUCAGCCUCGUCGAGAAUGUCGCAUUUCAGCUACAGUUCUUGCAUCGGCGCUCUGUUCCAUACAUCUUCACCGUCCCCACCAACGACCAGAUCCUGGUCCCUGAGACUCUCCUCAAGAAGCGCAAGAGCCAGGAGAAGGCUCGCGCUGAGCGUGCUGCCGUUGUUGAGAAGCGCAAGGCUGCCAACAAGGAGAAGCGUGGCGUCAUCUUCAAGCGUGCCGAGAAGUACGUCCAGGAGUACCGCGCUGCCGAGCGUGAGAAGAUCCGCCUUCGCCGUGCCGCCAAGGCCGACGACUCUGCCUACAUCCCCGCUGAGGCCAAGCUGAUCUUCGUCGUCCGUAUCAAGGGUAUCAACAAGAUGCCCCCCAAGCCCCGCAAGGUCCUCCAGCUGCUCCGUCUUCUCCAGAUCAACAACGGUGUCUUCCUGAAGGUCACCAAGGCCAUCACUGAGAUGCUCAAGAUCGUUGAGCCCUGGAUCGCCUACGGUUACCCCAACCUGAAGUCCGUCAAGGAGCUCAUCUACAAGCGUGGAUACGGAAAGGUCGAGAAGCAGCGUGUUGCCCUCACCGACAACUCCAUCAUUGAGGCCAACCUCGGCAAGUACGGCAUCAUCUGCGUUGAGGAUCUCGUCCACGAGAUCUUCACCGUUGGCCCCAACUUCAAGCAGGCCGCCAACUUCCUGUGGCCCUUCAAGCUCAGCAACCCCACUGGUGGCUUCCGCCCCCGCAAGUUCAAGCACUUCAUCGAGGGUGGUGACCUUGGCAACCGUGAGGAGGCUAUCAACGCCCUCAUCCGCCAGAUGAACUAAGUUAAUAAAAACUAAAAAUGGGGUUCAUGGAUGUCUUUUUUGGGAGUGGGACUAGGGAAAUACCUAUCAUGCAUGGUUGCUCGGCGUUGGUAUCACGACUUGGCUUUUUGAUAAUUGACUAUUCGAUGAAUGACACUCGAGUUUCCAUGCUGUGUGAUGCUCAAAUGAGCUUUUGAAAUGUGCCUACUGUGAUAAAUAACUAUUCUGUUCUGUAUGCAUUCUAUGCGCUCUCGUAGUAUAUCUUGACCCAUUGAAAUCAUUC